AAAAUCACUAAAGAAAAAGAGAAAAAUAGGCAUAUUUUAUGUCAAACAAAUGAAGACCACCUUGUAAAAGAAAGUUUAAUAAAACUAGAUGUCCAACUUGAAGAUGAUGAAGUUAAAAUAGGAAUAGAUAGAAUAGAUAGUCAGCUUGGAGAUAACAAUGAUGAAAUAGAAAUAGAUAGUCAGUUUGAAGAUGACAAAGAUGAAAUAGGAAUAAAUAGUCAGCUUGGAGGUGAUGAAGAUAAAAUAGAAAGUCAGCUUGGAGAUGCCAAAAGUAGAAUAGAAAUAGAUAAUCAGCUUGAAGAUGAUGAAGGUGGAAUACUUGGAGAUAAUGAAG